CCGCUGCUCCAGGCAGUGACGCCGCCGGUGCGUUCGUGUACAGCUGGAAACAUGGCUGCUGAUAUCACACUGUUAUUCCGAGCCAGCGUUAAAACAGUAAAGACGCGGAACAAAGCGCUGGGGGUGUCCCUGCCGGAGAGCGACGUGCUGAGGAGAAGCCGCCCGAGGGGGGAGUUCGGCGGGAAAGCGCGGGAAGUGAUCACUAACAUUGGCAAGCUGAAGGAUUUCCUCCUCGAGCACAGGAAAGAUUACAUCAAUGCUUGCAGCCAAGUAGCUUCGGAGUAUUCUUGCAUGACCGACACCGAGCGAGAUCAAAUUGACCAAGAUGCACAGAUAUUCAUGAGAACCUGCUCCGAUGCAAUUCAGCAGCUCCGAACAGAAGCAGGCAGAGAGAGCCAUUCUCUACAAAUAAAGGAACACAGGAACGCCGUUCUGGAUUUCAUUGAAGACUAUUUAAAAAGAGUGUGUAAACUGUACUCGGAACAAAGAGCCAUCAGGGUGAAGCGAACAGUAGACAAGAAGAGAUUAUCCAGGUUAGAACCAGAAAAAAUCAACAAAACACAAUCUUCCCAGACGACAGACAGCAUUCCCUUGACACAUUUGAAUGCAGCCGCAGAAGAAACUCCAGCCGGGGAUGAAAAUAUUGACAGGACAGCGUCAGAACAAAAUGGCACAUCUAGUCUGUGGGACGAUGGGCGGAGUGAAGAUGAGUUGUCGCCUGAAGAGAUCCAAAUGUUCGAACAGGAAAACCAGAGACUUGUCAGCGAAAUGAACAGUCUGUUCGACGAAGUAAGGCAAAUAGAAGGGAAAGUGGUUGAGAUAUCCAGACUUCAGGAGAUUUUCACAGAGAAGGUGCUACAGCAGGAAACGGACAUUGACAACAUUCACGAACUAGUAGUGGGAGCAACGGAGAAUAUCAAAGAAGGAAAUGAAGAUAUACGAGAGGCUAUCAAAAAUAACGCCGGCUUUCGUGUUUGGAUCCUCUUCUUCUUAGUAAUGUGCUCAUUUUCACUGCUGUUCCUGGACUGGUAUGAUAGCUAAUUAGUUCCUAAUGAAUUCUAUUCAGCUAAUAAUAAAACUGCCACAGUAGCAGACUCCAAAUGAAUGCGUCACUUUUCCUGUUCAUCACUUGUAUAUACCAAUAACUGUCUGCUGUACAUAAAUAAAUAUCUGCUCUAAAGGUC